UGACUAGCUUGGUCUAUUUAUUAAUGUCUUUGGUGCCAACUUAUGCGGGAAUAAGAUCAAAAAAAGGAGUAAUUAAAAAAGUGAGAAGCAGAUACAAGCUGAGUCAGCAGGCCAAGUUGCACAACGAGGCGAUAAAAAAGAAGAAAAAUAUGAAAUGAAAUUGUCCGAAUUAUGAAUAGUGGCUUAACCAUAAGUAGUUGGUGUCAUUUUUGAAAUUGUAUAUUUGACUGUCUCUCUUUACCUCUCUCUCGAGUGUCAUCCUUGCUAGUCACCAUCAGAGAGGAAGAAGAAUUGUAUUUGGAGGUUGUGAGCAAUGUUGAUUUUACAGUAUGCUAUACGUCAAUAAUUGUUUUAACCACAGAUUAUCAAACUAUUUAUUGAUUGUAACACAUGUUUUAAGCUGUUUCAUACCGUGUAUCUCUGCCGUGAAACCGUUUUUUGUCGAAAAUGGCAAAAUAUGCAAGUGAUCAUAAAGAUUCGAACCAGAGUCACAUGAAGAGGUUUAAAGGUCCUAAAAAAGGAAAGCCUUUCUGGGACCGCAAAAAAUCUAAGAACACUCUCAAAGAAAAACGAGCCCGUUUAGUGAUAAAAAACUUGCCAUUUAAAGCAACGGAAUCGAAUAUUCGAGAACACUUUGGGCAACAUGGGGAGGUCGUAGGAGUUGAUAUAUUAAAAAGACCUGAUGGUAAAUUAGUUGGUUGUGCGUUCGUCCAAUUCAGUCUAGUCCAGUUUGCAAAAAAGGCUCAACAUCAUACCCACAAUCAUCCGUUUCUGGGCCGGAAUAUUACCGUUGACUUUGCACAGGCUAAAGACAAGUAUGUGAAAGAAACAACAUAUAAAAAGCUGGAAGUAAAGACGGAACCAGACGAAGAUGUUAAAAUGGAAGCCAGUGACACCAUUGAAAUCAAAGAUGAAGAGCUCUCAGACCCGGUUUCUUCGUCAGAAGAAAAUGAUUCAGAUGCGUCAGAAGAGGACGAAUCUGAGCAGAUUCUCGAAACUCCAUCACGACUAAAACCUUUUGAAUCCCAUGAUGUCAAUGAAGGCAAAACGAUAUUUAUAAAAAAUGUUCCAUUCCAUGCAACCAACGAGGACCUGAAAGAAUGCAUGUUGCAAUUUGGACAUCUGUAUUAUGCCCUUAUUUGUGUAGACAAACCGACGGAACACUCUAAAGGAACUGCUUUUGUAAAAUUCACGAACAAAGAAGAUGCAGAUAAAGCAUUGGCCGCUGGAACCGAACUAACUUUAUUGGGCAAUAUUUUGGAUUGUCAUCCGGCAAUAGAUCGCAAUGAGUUAAGGCAAAAGCAGAAUCAGCAAAAUAAGCAGAAAAGUACCCCACAUGAUUCCAGGCACUUGUAUUUGGUCAAGGAAGGAGUGAUACUAGCGGGAUCGAAAGCAGCUGAAGGAGUAUCAGCGGCAGACAUGGCGAAGCGACUUCAAAUUGAGCAAUAUAAAACCCAAAUGUUGCGAAAUUUAAAUACUUUUGUCUCUCGCGAAAGGUUAGUUGUUCAUAACUUGCCCGCAACGUGGGACGAUAAGAAGCUAAAAGCCUUGUUUCAAAAGCAUGCUGGAAACGAAGCUGUGGUACGGGAAGCCCGCAUCAUGCGAGACAUGCGGAACGUAAAUGCGCAGGGUGUUGGCCAAUCAAAACAGUUUGGUUUUGUUGCAUUCACAAGGCACGAGCAUGCGCUAGCAGCUUUGCGGUCUUUAAACAACAACCCAAAUAUAUUUUCCGUGACUCACAGACCCAUAAUAUGCUUUAGUAUUGAAAGCAAGUCAGCCCUAAAGGCGAAAUUAAAGCGACAAGAAAAGUCUCGACUUAAAAACCCCAAAUCUACUGAUUUUGACCCAACUGCAGUAGAAAAAGAUCAGCCUGGUUCUUAUGCCAAUGGUGACGAAGAUGUGCAAACCUAUGCGGGAAUUACAGCGAAGCACGGAGUAAUUCAGAAAAUGAGAAGCAGGUACAAUCUCAGUCAGCAGGCCAAGUUGCACUACGAGACAAUAAAAAAUGAGAAAAAGAUCAAGAAAUUGUCUAAGAAGAGCCUGAGCGAACGAAAGAAAGACUUCACAAAACAACCGCGACAAAAAGUAAAUAAAAAGAACCAGAAGGAUAAUUUCUCGGAACUGGUUAAUAACUAUACGAAAACUAUAAGCAACGCCCUAAAAGCUCCAAACAAGGCAAAAUGGUUUGAUAGGGAAUAAUAUCUUAUCUAAUACAAAAUGUAGACUUAAUAAAUUUAUUUGUAAGC